AUGUUCUAAAAUUAUUAGAAAAUUAAAACAUUUCUAUAAUAAUGAGCUCUGAGAGUGAGGAAAAGAACUUUAAAAUAAAACCUGGGACUCGUGUAGUACGAGGUCCUGAUUGGAUCUCAAAGAAACAAGAUAAUGGCGAAGGCUUCCUGGGAACUGUGAUAUUUGUACCUAAACCUGGGUCAGAUGACAAAAAGGUUACGGUCAUAUGGGACUCUGGACGUGAGCUGAGAUAUAGGGCUGGGGAAAAUGGAAAAUAUGACCUACGAGUGUUUGACACAGCACCUUCAGGAGUUUGUCAUCCUAACAUAACAUGUGAUAUUUGUGGGGAGAAUGGAAUCCAUGGAUUGCGAUGGAAGUGUUGUGAUUGCCAUGACUUUGAUAUGUGUAGUCCAUGUUAUAUGGCUGAUAAACAUGACCUGAAGCAUGCAUUUGUUCGAGUGGACACCCCUAACUCAACAGCUUUCAAUGUACCUACCAGAUCAAAAAGUGGCAGUAGUAGUAAAAGGACAGCCAAGGGUAUAUUUCCUAAUGCUGAAGUAAUGAGAGGUCCUCACUGGAAAUGGAAAAAUGAUGAUGGUGGUGAGGGAGGUGUAGGCCUUGUGAAGGCACUGGAGACCUGGGGUAAAGAUUCAUACAGAGGAGCUGUAAAGAUUUCAUGGAAAGCUGAUAAUUUGGUUAAGAAUUAUCGUGUUGGCGGAGAAGGUUGUGUAGAUGUGAUUUACACACGGAUGACAGAAACAGCCUCUGGUGGCAAUUACUAUGCAGAUCAUCUUCCAAUUGUUGAUGUGGUCAAUCCUGGACAGAUUCUGUUGAAGAUUGGUGACAAAGUAGUUAUCACUUUGCCAUUAAAAGGAUUCAGACAGUUACAGGACAACCAAGCCUAUGGGGGAUGGGAUGAUGAUAUGAAUCAGUGUUUGGAAGAAACAGGAACCAUCGUUGGCUUCCUUUACAAUGGGAUGAGUGUUAAAGUACAGUAUGAAGACAGUAAAACUUGGGUCAUCAAUAAAGUGGCUUUAACCAGGAAACACACCUUUACCCAAGGAGAUCCUGUUACGAUUCUGGAUAAUUAUAAUGCUGUCAAAGAGCUACAGAAAGGUCAUGGUGGAUGGAAUGAUGAAAUGAAGACUGCUCUUGGAAAGAAUGGUAGAAUAGUUCGCCUUGAUAGUGAUGGUGACAUGAGAAUUAAGAUAGGAGAUAAGACCUGGAUAUUUAACCCAGCCUGUAUAAUGCCAAUAGACGAUGCCAGCACAGCUAAAUCAAUACCAGUCUUGUCUAGACAGGACACUAGAGAUCAUUCGGAUGAUGAAUCAGAGACGGGAUCUGAAGGGGAUGAGGGUGGACAAGCUGUUGCUGAAGCCAUAGCACAGCUGUUUGUAGGCAUGUUGAGAGAAGGUCCUGGGACAGAAGAUGAGAAUGAUUCUAUAGUAGAGGCUGCAGCCAAAGGAGAAUUUGAUGUGGUCAAAAAGAUUGCCAAAAAACACCCAGAUAAGAUCAAUACAAAGAUGGAGGGUAAGACAGCGUUACAGUUAGCAUGUUACGAAGGUCAUUACGAUAUCGUUGAAUUCCUCGUGAAGAAUAAAGCUGAUGUAAACAUAAAGGAUAGCGAAGGAGAUCCAGCAUUACACUAUGCUGCUUAUGGGAAGGAAAGUAAAAUACUCCAAGUUCUAUUAGACAAUAAAGCUACAGUUAAUGCUGUUAAUGCCAAAAAACAAUCAGCUUUACAUAUAGCAGUCAACAAAGGGCAACCUAACUGUUGUAAAGUGUUGGUAGACAAAGGAUGUGACCCCAAUCUAAAGGAUGAUGACUUUGACACAGCUAUGCAUGAUGCCAUAUCACAACAGAAAGAUACUUCUAAAGAUAUAUUGAAAUAUGUCCUGGGAUCUAAAAUGGCAAAGUUUACCACAGAUAAUAGUCGUGGAUUUAAUGUACUACACUGGGCAGUUUUAAAGGAUAAUAAAGACUCUGUGGAGAUGAUUAUAGGCAAUGAUAGAACCUGUGUGGAUUCCAAGAUGAAAGAUGGCAGUACAGCUAUGCAUAUAGCUGCCGCUAAUGAUCGAGUGGAGAUAGCCAGUGUUCUCCAGUCUAAAGGAAGGGCAGACAUUAACAUCAGAGACAGUAUGAAGAGGACACCUUUGAUAUUAGCUGUUUCUCAAGGCAAAAAGAAAACAAUGGAAUUACUCAUAACUGUUGGCUGUGACGUAAAUGCUCAAGAUAGUAGUGGUAAUACUGCUCUUCAUGUGGCACAAGUCAAGAAAAACUUAGGCCAAGCGGUUGCAUUAGACAAGGCAGCUAGUAGCAGUCAAGAUACAGCUAUUAUAUGUUUACUGCUAGAAAGUGGAGCAAGUAUAGAAAUAAAGAAUGAUGAAGGCAAAACACCAUUAGACUUCGCUAAUGAUGAAAUGGUCAAACAUUUCAUGAAAACGUUGGCUAAGAGAGCAAAAAAGAAAGAUUUUGCUACAACUGCUAAAGGUAUUCCAGCUCCCUCUAAUUGGUCAGACAUGCGUGGGGAAACAAUAUUGAAAAUUUCUAUUGGUCCAACAAAAGGUGGAAUCAUGCAAAUAGAAUUUGACAAUGUGAAACAUCUGUUUGAGAAGACCCUACCUCAAGCCAGAAUUGUAUCCAUCCAUAGGAUGCAAAAUAUGUUUCUAUGGGAAAUGUAUUACUUGAGAAAAAGGCAGUUAGAGCAUGCAUAUGGAAAUGGAUGUGCCAAUGAGCUAACCUUAUUUCAUGGCACAACUCCAGAUAAAUUAGGUGUUAUUGCUGAACAAAAUUUAGACCCUCGACUAGCCGGAGGUCGUGUAGGUGCAUUGUUUGGUAGAGGUACUUACUUUGCCACAGAUGCUAAAUAUUCUGAUUUGUACGCCCAAGCUGAUCAAAACGGACAUAAAUUUAUGUUUCUUGUGAAGGUGUUAGCAGGGAAGACUUGUAUCGGCAGACCAGAAUAUUUAAGACCACCCCCUCAAGAUACCAAGAAUCCAAACAGUCCAAUAUUUGAUAGCUGUGUUGACAAUGAGAAGAACCCUAGAAUAUACUGUGCUUUCCAUGACAGUCAAUAUUACCCAGAAUACCUUAUUGAAUACACAUAAACAUUUAUAACCUUUUAUGGAAAUGAUAUUGUGCUUUUUCUUAGUUUUGUAAAAAUUGCAGAAAUGCAUAACUUUAACCUUAACAAGAUUUGCAGCUUUAAUGUUGUUAAGGUGGCUGAACCAUAUACGUGCUGAGAGUGAUAUGUCUUGUGAUGUCUAUUGUCAGCUUUUUAUAUAUAUAAUUUUGACUAAUUGUCAUACAUGUAUGACAGUAGUUGUUGGAUGUUAUUUAUUUAUCACAAUUGCAUAAACUGUGGAUUCAUUAUUUUUUGUUGGGUACCAAUUUGUUUGGGUUUCAUGUGUACAGGUAAACCAUGGAUUAAAAUAUUCAACAAAUUACAAAUUUUCUAUAGGUUUUUAUGCAAAGAUUGAUAAAACCUGGAAAAUCGA